UCGCUUCGGUUUCGUUUUCUUCGAGGGAGCAGGGAAGGCAGAUCUGGGCUAAGCAUCCCAGGACAGGCGACGCCAGCAGCCAUCCCUUUUGGGCGUUUCAAGAAGGGGAAACAAAAAAAAGUCUUAUACAGCUAAAUGUCAAGGUCUCGUGGCCGUGGCCGGCGUUUGACUCUCCUUGAUAGACGCAGUCAAUUACUUUGUAAAGAAGACUCUUCAGAGGAGGAAAUGAGUGACCCACCGAGACCCCUGAGGUUUCCUCCCAACAAACAGCCAAGUGUGGCUUUUCACCUACCAGAGGGGUUUAAAUUUCCCCCAGAGGGAUUUAAAAUGCCCAACCCAUUCAUGCCAAUGAGAAAUGAAGCCUUUACAUUUAAUGUAUCACCCAUACAAAAGGAGAAUUCAAAUCACCUACUAGAAGAAAAUCAACCAAAUAAGAAGCCGGAAAACACUUUAUACAACCAAUAUGAAGAGAAGAUCCGUCCUUGCCUUGACCUCAUUGACUCUUUGAGAGCUUUAGGCGUGGAAAAGGAUUUGGCUCUACCUGCGAUUGCUGUGAUUGGAGAUCAGAGUUCUGGGAAGAGUUCUGUUCUGGAAGCAUUGUCUGGAGUUGCUCUUCCAAGGGGCAGUGGCAUUGUUACCAGAUGUCCCUUAGCACUCAGGCUGAAGAAACUACCUGCUGGUCAUAUGUGGAAAGGGAAAAUCAAUUAUCUGGAAAAUGCUAGGGAACUCUCAAAUCCUUCACAAGUUGAAAAAGAAAUAAGAAGUGCUCAAAACAAAUUAGCUGGUGAAGGAGUGGGGAUUAGUGAUAAAUUAAUUAGCCUGGAAAUUAGUUCUCCAGAUGUUCCAGACUUGACACUGAUUGAUCUGCCAGGGAUUGCAAGAGUAGCAGUUGGUAACCAGCCAGCGGAUAUUAGCGAACAGAUCAAAAUGCUUAUUAAAAAAUUUAUUGAUAGGGAAGAGACAAUAAAUUUAGUGGUGGUUCCAUGUAAUGUGGAUAUAGCCACAACUGAGGCGUUGAAGAUGGCUCAGGAGGUGGAUCCAGAAGGAGAAAGAACACUUGGAAUUCUGACAAAGCCUGAUCUGAUAGACAAAGGAACUGAAGGGAGUGUGGUGAAAAUACUAAGAAACAUCAUAAUCCCCCUGAAAAAGGGAUAUAUGAUUGUGAAAUGCCGAGGGCAGCAAGACAUCCAAUCUAACCUGACACUGGCCUCUGCAAUCCAGAACGAGAAAUCAUUUUUUGAGAAUCAUAAAUGUUUUGGAAUGCUUCUACAAGAAAAAAAAGCCACGAUUCCCUUAUUGGCUGAGAAACUUACAAAUGAACUUGUGCAUCAUAUUAGAAGAUCUUUGCCCACUUUAGAAGAGCAAAUCAAUUAUCAGCUUCAAAAAGCAAGUGAUGAAAUACGCAGAUAUGGCAAUAGGGUGCCAGAAGCAGAAGGCGAGAGGAUAUAUUUUUUAACAAAUAAAAUCCAACUGUUUAAUACAGAUAUCAGCAGUUCAGUUCAAGGAGAAGAAAAAUUGUCUAAUGACAAUACUAGGCUGUGCACCAAAAUUCGUAAAGAAUUUCAAAAAUGGGGCCAAAUGGUUGUUGAGAAUGGCAAAAACAUUGAAAAGUCCCUCCGUCCUGAGGAGUGGAAAUUUGAACAUCAGUAUCGUGGGCGAGAGCUACCAGGUUUUAUCAAUUACAAAACAUUUGAAAGUUUUGUAAAGAAGCAUAUUGUAGCUCUGGAACGUCCUGCUAUUGAAGUACUAAAUAAAGUGACUGAAAUAGUGCGUCAAGGAUUCACAGAGGUUGCAAGGGCUGAGUUUGAAGGUUUUCCUUAUCUAUAUCAAGAAGCUAAGAAAAGAAUUGAAGGUAUUAAGGAGAAACAAGCAGCACAAGCAGAAGCUAUAAUUAGAACCCAGUUUGAAAUGGAACAGAAUAUAUUUUGCCAGGAUGAUGUCUACAGGAAAGAUCUAAGCAUUAUAAAAGAGCAAUCCAAAGAAGGAGAAUCUUUUGUGUUCUUUUCUGGAACUCUAGAUGGGGAAAAAAAACUAGGCUCCGUAGGCACUGGUAUGAAUUUGGGAGGCAUUCCCACACAAGGAGAUCUUUCCAUCACAGAAAUUACUUAUCAUUUGAAAACAUACUUCAAUAGUGCAGGCAGCCGUCUGUCUUGCCAAAUCCCUCUCAUUAUCCAGUUCUAUGUCCUCAAGAAAUAUGGCGACAAUCUGCAAAAUGCAAUGCUGCAACUACUUCAAGAUCGAAACAAGCUGAGCAUUUUGCUCCAGGAGCACAAAGAUACUGCUGAACAGAGGCAGCUUCUGUCUGACCGCAUUAAUCGUCUGACUGAAGCAAGGAGCCAUUUGGCAAAAUUUUCUAGUUAAAAAGAUAAUGCAUC